GUGUCUCCUCUCCUUCUGUAGCCUCAUUCGGGGAUUUCUGGCUCUUUCACUCAGGCGUCCACAGACACAGAUCCGUCAGACACUCUCCUCCUCGGCUGGACUCCGUUACCCGCCGUCAUGUUGAAGGGGACUCGGACAGAGACUCGGGGGGAGUCUGGGGUCCUGGAUGCUGCGGCUCUGAGGCAGCAGAGGAGGCUAAAACAGGCGAUCCAGUUCCUCCAUAAGGACUCAGCUGACCUGCUACCUCUGGAUGGACUGAAGAUGCUCGGGACAUCCAAACAGGGGCAGCCACACCAUAUCAUCCAGAAGCGGCUGCUGGAGGCCAAGCUGUCCCAGGGCAGGAUAAACAUGUGUGGGGUGACUCAAAACAACGGAGGGAUUCUUCUGAACUGUAGUCGUCUGAAUUCAAAUGAGGAAGAUGAGGAGGAUCGGAUCUAUGUUCCCUGCAAAUGUUUAGGACAGGAGGGGAACCUGCUGAUUGACACAGGCUGUAAACUGAAUCUGAUGUCCUCACUGACUGUGGAGAGAUGCGGUUGGAAAGAUCUGGUUGAAGAGAACAAAAUGGAGGCUGAAGGUUUUCCCUUUCAGAGGAGGCUCUGCAUCGACGGACAAAUCCGAGAGCUCAGCCUCACCAUCGGACAGCUCAGGAUCAUGUGCUCUUUUGUUAUCAUCGAAAGUAACAAACCCCUGAUGUCUCUGGGCUACAAGACACUAAAGACACUCAAGGCUGUGAUCGACACUGAAAAGCAGAUGUUGGUGUUUGGGACGAACGUGAGGGAGCAGGUUCAGUUCGCUAAAAAGACAAACAAGGAAAGCUCCCACAACUUCAUCAACCUGUGACUCAGCCUCCCUCAUCCCUGACAAACACAGAGAUCUGACCAAAAGCAAUACAGCUAUUCAUACAUGAACAACUCCUUGCUAUAGCCGUUGACUUUUUCACCUCACAUAUUCUCUUGUUCAUGUUUGUUGCUGCAUUUAUGAGUCAGAUAAUCCACGCUGACCUCACUCGUUUUUACCAUGGACUACAUAUUUAUUUUAUAAUUUUUACAUAGCAGCUUCCACAAACAAACAGCUCCUCCAGUAGCACUUUGUAGCGUUGUUGUAGCCUUAUAGCUGUCACUACAGUAGUUUGUAUUGUGCAGCUGGAAACAGAGUAUUAGUAGAACUCGUAGCACUUUGAGAUUUAUAGCUCCUAGCAAAAUGUAUUGAGGCAUAUUGCAUAUUAUAAUGUACAUUUGCAGCUAUAAGUUAAUGUUGAAGUAGACUUUAAAAGUUUAGCACAAGUUGUUGCAUUUAGUGCAAUUGUAUUUUUUAACGUUACUGUAUUUUUUAGUCCAAGGGAUGUAUUUGCAUCAAAGUCACUGCCUUGUAAUGUUUACAAAAAGAUCAGGACACUUGUGAUUCAUUUCCAUCUGUAGCAGAAAUGCAGCACUGAAUAAAAAAAUAAAAUCUUUAAUGCUG